AACCGGAAGUGAAACAGUCCGUUCUGUUGCCUGCGGGCAGGGGCGUUAUCGUAAAUGAUUAACGGGCCGUGCCGAGCCGAGCCGGGUUAUCGGCUUUGUGUUCUCAUGUGUCGCUUAACUGCUCAUUGACAUUGAACGCCGGUUUCUGGCGAACGGUAGCUGCCUUUUUUGUUUGUUUUCAUUUGAGUUCGACUGAAGUCAGCGCCAUGUCAUUGUCGCUCCUGGACCUGUGGACGGUCCGUUGGGAGUUGGUCUCCAGGGUUGACACCGUGCUGUUGUGCUCCCUCACGGCUGCCUUCUGCUACUUGUGGGGCCGCAAGAGUCAGAGGCCAUUGGUGGUGUGCGGCGAGAAGUUUGGUGACUUCCUCCAGGAGCGCUGUCCCGCGUUGAGCGAGAUCUUCAGGCCGACACCGUGGUGCUGGGGAGGCCGCCUACAAACCGUGCUGUGUUUCCUCAUCAAGUCCAGACCGCACGUUGAGUAUCGCAACGAGCGCAUCCGGACGGCCGACGGCGGUCAGAUCUCGCUGGACUGGGAGGACAACGACGGCAGUGCCGCCUACCCGCAAGCGUCCACGCGGCCCACCGUCCUCAUCCUGCCGGGCUUGACGGGCAACAGCCGACAGUCGUACGUGUUGCACGCCGUCAGGCAGGCCGCCGCCCACGGCUACAGAUGUGUGGUCUUCAACAACAGAGGCUUUGGAGGAGAAGAGCUACUCACACCGCUCACGUUCUGCGCGGCUAACACGUCCGAUCUGGAGCUGGUGAUCCAGCACGUGAAGAGCCUCUACCCGCAAGCCCCUGUUUUUGGCCUUGGCGUCUCCUUAGGAGGCAUGCUGCUGCUCAACUACCUCGGCCGCAAGGGCGGCCAGUCGGGCUUGGUGGCCGGCCUGACCGUCUCCGUCCCCUGGGACGCCUUCAAGUCGGCGCAAAGCAUGGAGGCGGUGCUCAACUGGCUGCUCUUCAACAAGCACCUCACGCGAGGACUGUGCGCCGCCGUCCGCAGGCACAGGAAGAUGCUGGAGAAGGUGGUGGACAUCGAUCACGUCCUCAAGGCGCGCAGCAUCCGCGAAUUUGACGAGCGCUUCACGGCGCCGCUGUUUGGCUACGCCUCGUGCGCCGAGUACUACCGCCACGCCAGCCCCGACUGGAAGCUCCCGCAGACGGCCGUGCCCGUCAUGUGCCUCAAUGCCGCCGACGACCCCUUCUCCCCGCAACACGCCUUCCCGUUGAGCCUAGCCAAGGAGCUGCCCAACGUGGCGCUGGUGGUCACGUCGCACGGCGGCCACAUUGCCUUCCUGGAGGGUUUGUUCCCACGCGCCGUGGGCUACAUGGAGCGCCUCUUCAGCCAGUUUGUCCGAGCCGUCCUGGAACACCCGCUGGAUGUCCGCAAAGCCUGCGGCCUGGCGCCCAGCUGAAUGAAUGUACAUGCCAAGAACACAAAACAAAACACGCAACACUUCGAACAAAUACACCUCUGCGCAAAUGUCCAUCUACCUCGUAAGCUCGCCGUCACGAUUCAGGAUGCUGACUGUCAAUCAAAUCAAAUGACAUCAUUCUUGUCAUUAGUCGUCCCACUCGCAAAUAGAAUGCAAAGAAAAGACACUUUUAAAUAUGCUUUUUUUUUCCAUUGAUGUUUUUCUCUGAGCCACUGAAGUUAAUCACCUAAAUUAAACACAAAUUGGCUGCU